CGCUUCACACCUGACCCAGUUUAUAAUGAAGGACAGGGUGUUGAAAUCUGGAUCGUAGACACCGGCAUCCGUCCCACCCACUCUGACUUUGGAAACAGGGCCUCUAUAGUGUUUGAUGCCUACGGUGGAAAUGGUACAGACUGCAACGGUCACGGCACCCACUGUGCUGGUAUUGCAGCAGGUUCUUACUUUGGAGUGGCAAAAAAAGCAACUAUCAGAAGUGUGAAAGUUCUGGGUAGAACUCCUUGUGGUUCAUCAGGUCCUUAUUCAAAAAUAGUGAAUGGGUUGGAUCAUGUCAUUGAGGCUGCCAGGCAUCCGGCUGUCGUGUCAAGUUCCAUUGCUCGGGGGAAAAACACGUUUUACGAUCAAGCAGUGAAAAAUAUAGUUUCUGCAGGUAUUCCAGUGGUGGUUGCUGCUGGGAACUUGAAUGCUGACGCUUGUAAUACAUCUCCAGCUUGGCUUAGUCAGGUGAUCACUGUAGGUGCUACUAAUAGCCGUGAUGAGAGAUGGUUCGUUUCAAACUAUGGGAAGUGCGUCGACAUUUUUGCUCCUGGUAGGGCUAUCGUAAGCGCAGGUUGGAAAACUGACACAUCAAUUACAACGAUGUCUGGGACCUCCACAGCCUGUGCACACGUUGCAGGAAUUGUCGCUCUCUACUUGGCCCAGAAUCGGACUCUGUCACCUGCCGAGAUUAAAUCGAAACUCAAGACAUCUGCAACUACGCACCUAUUGUCAAAUGUGGGACAAGGCAGCCCCAAUCGUCUUGCAUACAUUGAUCCUUAGUAACACACCAUCGUGGUGUUGAUAUGUUGAUGAAACCAACCACGGAGACCACGGACUUCAUUCGAAAUGUAUUUCAUUUUGACCUUAUUAGACAUAUGUUAAUUGAUCAUUGCCGGUGUUGGUUCAUAAAUUGUUUCAGUCUAUUUGGCUUGUUAGAUCUACAUGGUAACUAUGUUUUAUUCCCAAGUAUAGACGAAGAUAUAUCAGAUUUCAGUAGAAUAACAAUAAUUGUCAAAGGAGGCAUUGAACAGAAAAAAUAAGCACUGUUUGGUACGCAUCUGGACCCAGUGGAACAACUGUGGCACUGCAUUAGCUCAGCAACAUGCUACUGCAUAUCUUUAUUUGGUAAUGCUAAGUCACACAUUCAAAUCUUUCAUCGAAAACAUGGAAAAUACUAAUGAUUUAACUCUUGGAAUGUGACAUAUAUAGAAGAGAGAUGGUCGGAAGUUAUCUUAAAGCGAGCAUAACUAACAAAAUUAUUCGGCUAUGUUUAUGACAACCUUUAAAUAUGUCAUAUACAACUGGUUGCAAGAAGACAAACAGAUGUUCGCAAAGAUGCCUCGGUGUUAAGAAUUAAUUGUCGAAAAUAAAAUUUAUUGAAACUAAAUGCAAUCCA